AUGGCCUGCUCUGCGUCCUCAAUGACUGUCGAAUCGUAUCCCGACUUCGCCGUUUCCUCGGCCUCGGCCGCGGCGACUCCCGGCGAGGACACCGGUCUCCUGCGAGAUCGGCGAAGAAGACAUUCGUACCACGCUCCUCGGAGACUCUCUUGUGACUACCAGGAUGCAGACACCGUCUUCAUUAGGGUGGAGCUUUUCCUCGCCGAACUCGAGCGCCGAAUGCACUGGAUCGAACAGUACCGCAAGUCUCACAUGGAUCACAUUGACGCGAGUCUCAAACGAGGAUAUGCAACCCUGGAAGCCGUGAGAGACCAGUGCUCGGUCGCAUCCGGCGAGCUGAUGGGCAGCGGCAAGAAACGGGCCAAGAUCUUGGUCGAGACCCUGGAAGAUCGAUAUAACGAAGCCCUGGUGACCAAGGAGACUCUGGAACAAAAGGCCCAGGCCGGAGUUCGCUUGAUGGAAUCAUUCCUCUCCGAACUCGAGUCUCGCGCCCAUGCAGUUCGCGAUCGCGGUAUCUACGGAGCCUUGGAUGAUGGAUGGAAGGCAAUGGAUUCAAAACUGGUGCAUGCCCGAGAAGUCGUCGACGAGGGAAUGGAGCGUGCUCGCCGAGCUCGCGACCGGCUGCGGGAGAGCAUCGACCAGGCAAUUCAACUGGCUCAGGAGAAACGAUUGAUUACUUACGCCGAGCUUCCGGACCCCUGGCGUGUCAACCCACACAUCUUGAAGGGAUACAGGUUCACCGAAUCCAAAGUCGAGUGUAUUCACUCGGUCUUUGCCUUCUCGAACGAGAUGGUCAACAUCUGGUCCCAUGUCAUCGGACUCAUCAUCGUUCUCGCCAUCGCCUUCUACUUCUAUCCGCUCCACACCAACUUCCACCUCAGCAGCAAAGCCGAUAUCAUGGUUGCCGCCGUCUUCUUUUUCGCGGCGUGUAAGUGCCUGGUCUGCAGCACCCUCUGGCACACCAUGAACAGCAUUGCGUCUCAGUCUUUGAUGGAACGUUUCGCUUGUGUCGACUACACAGGCAUUUCCUUGCUGGUGGCCGCCUCCAUUGUGACCACCGAGUACACUGCAUUCUACUGCGAGCCCGUCUCCCGCUGGACCUAUAUCCUUCUUACCAUGUCCCUGGGCGUCGGUGGCAUCAUUCUCCCCUGGCACCCGACCUUCAACCGUCAUGACAUGGCCUGGGCCCGAGUCGCCUUUUUUGUGACCCUCGCCCUCACCGGAUUCGCUCCUCUCGCGCAGCUCUCCUACACUCGCAGCUUCGAGUGGUGCCUGUACUUCUACGCACCUGUCAUGAAGAGCAUCAUGGUCUACUUCGUUGGCGCCUGCGUGUACGCCGCCAAGAUCCCCGAGCGAUGGAAGCCCGGUCUGUUCGACUACUUCGGUGGCAGCCACAACAUCUGGCACUUGGCUGUAUUGGGUGGCAUUCUCUUCCACUACUGCGCCAUGCAAGAUCUGUUCGCGGGUGCCUUUGCUCGUGCGCAGGGCGAGUGUCCCAACCUCACCUCGUGA